AGUAACAAUUAGCAGCUUGUAAAGAUUCCACUCUCCUGACUCAGGGCACUAAGAAAGUUGUUUAGACCACAGAGUGAGCGGCCCUGUGUGGUUGUCGGGAGAGCCUAGAGGCUGGACCAGAGGUCCAGAGACUGGUGGACCUGGUGACUGCCGUGUGGUAGGAGGGAAUAAGCCCGGAAGCAACUGCGGAAGAGCUCACUAAGAGAUCUUUGCCUAGGAGCCAAGCUAGGCUGGAGAGAGCUGCACAACAGUCCACCCAACGGUUUUUCAUAAAGGCAAAGGUUCAACUUUAAAAGGACCUCCCCAGUGCCCCCCAAAAUUGGGAUUCUUUUGGCAUUUAGGGUCACUUGAGAUUCCAUAUACUGAUUACCAAAAACUAAAGAAGGAAGCCCCAUUUUGUCACUGCUGGAGAGAAGACAAAAAUGGUAAAGAGACGGGCUUCUCUGGUGGCACAGUGGUUGAGAAUCCGCCUGCCAAUGCAGGGGACACGGGUUCGAGCCCCGGUCUGGGAAGAUCCCACAUGCCGCAGGGCGGCUGGGCCCGUGAGCCAUGGCCACUGAGCCUGCGUGUCCGGAGCCUGUGCUCCACAACAGGAGAGGCCACAACAGUGAGAGGCCCACGUACCGCAAAAAAAAAAAAAAGAAAAAAAAAUGGUAAGGAGAUAAAUUAUUUCAAAUAUGAAGGGAAAAAAAAGGCAAGAGUUUAAAGUGAGAACGGUAGGAAAGGAGUAGUGCUUUUGCAAUGCUGUUUUCAAGGAGAGGUGGCUAGGGAGGCCAGUGCCUGCUGCUCUCACUUCUGCUCUUCGCAGUCUGGGGGGCUGGCAGCGGCCAGAUCCACUACUCGGUCCCUGAAGAGGCCAAACACGGCACCUUUGUGGGCUGCAUCGCUCAGGACCUGGGGCUGGAGCUGGCCGAGUUGGUGCCAUACCUGUUCUGGGUGGCGUCCAAAAGCCGCAGGGACUUUCUGGAGGUAAAUCUGCAGAACGGCAUUUUGUUUGUGAAUUAUUGGAUUGACCGGGAGGAGCUAUGCGAACAGAACACGAAAUAUAGUAUCCACCUGGAGGUGAUCGUGGACAGGCCGCUGCAGGUGUUGCAUGUGGAGGUGGAGGUGAAGGACGUUAAUGAUAAUCCACAGGUCUUUAGAGUUAGAGAACAAAGGCUAUUUAUUCCUGAAUCUAGGCUGCUGGAUUCACGUUUCCCGAUAGAGGGCGCUGCUGAUGCAGACAUUGGUACCAACGCUUUUCUAACAUUCACUCUCAGCUCCAGUGAUUAUUUCUCUUUGGAUGUACAGGCAAGUGAUGAACUGAGUAAGUCACUUUCGCCUGAAUUGAGGAAGUCUGUGGAUAGAGAAGACCCAGAACUUCGUUUAUUAUUGACAGCCACUGAUGGGGGCAAACCAGAACUAGAAGGUACAGUUCAGCUGCUGGUCAUGGUGCUCAAAGUUAAUGAUAACGCCCAAUGGUUUGCCCAGGCUGUGUACAGAGUACACUUAUUAGAUACUACUAAUGUUCCAGCAACUGGAACAUUAAUGACCACAUUAAACGCCUCUGACGCUGACAAAAGUGUAAAUGGCGAAAGUCUUUCCUUUGGCAAUGAUGUUUCUCUUAACAUAAACAAACAAACAAAAAAACAAAAACAAAAAUUCAAAAUUGAUUCCAGCUCAGGGGAAAUUAGGCUAAUUGGUAGACUGGAUUAUGAAGAAAUGAAAUCCUACGAAAUUCAGGUAAAAACAGUUGAUAAAGGAGGUCCCCCAAUGUCAAAUCACUGCAAGCUUUUAGUGAAAGUUCUGGAUGUAAAUGAUAAUGCUCCGGAAAUGGCGGUCACAUCGUCUUUGCCUGUAAGAGAGGAGUCUCCACUCAGCACCGUCAUCGCCUUCAUCUCCUUCUCUGACCGUGACUCUGGUGUCAAUGGGUAGGUGACCUGCACCCUGACGCCCCAUGUCCCCUUCAAGCUGGUGUCCACCUUCAAGAAUUACUAUUCGUUGCUGCUGGACAGCGCCCUGGAUCGCGAGAGUAUGGCGAACUAUGGGGUGGUGGUGACCGCGAGGGACGGGGCCUCGCCUUCUUUGUCGGCCACAGCCAGCGUGUCCGUGGAGGUGGCCGACGUGAAUGACAACGCGCCCGCGUUCGCACAGCCCGAGUACACGGUGUUGGUGAAGGAGAGCAACCCACCCGGCUGCCACAUCUUCACGGUGUCGGCGCGGGACGCGGACGCGCAGGAGAACGCGCUGGUGUCCUACUCGCUGGUGGAGCGGCGGGUGGGCGAGCGAGCGCUGUCGAGCUACGUGUCGGUGCACGCGGAGAGCGGCAAGGUGUACGCGCUGCAGCCGCUGGACCACGAGGAGCUGGAGCUGCUGCAGUUCCAGGUGAGCGCGCGCGACGCGGGCGUGCCGCCUCUGGGCAGCAACGUGACGCUGCAGGUGUUCGUGCUGGACGAGAACGACAACGCGCCCGCACUGCUGCCGCCCAGGUCGGGCGGCGGGGCGGGCGCGCUGAGCCAGCUGGUGGCGCGGUCGGUGGGCGUGGGCCACGUGGUGGCGAAGGUGCGCGCGGUGGACGCGGACUCGGGCUACAACGCGUGGCUGUCGUACGAGCUGCAGCCGGCGGCGGGUGGCGCGCGCAGCCCGUUCCGCGUGGGGCUGUACACGGGCGAGAUCAGCACGACGCGCGCCCUGGACGAGGCGGACGCGCCGCGCCAGCGCCUGCUGGUGCUGGUGAAGGACCACGGCGAGCCGGCGCUGACGGCCACGGCCACCGUGCUGCUGUCGCUGGAGGACAGCGGCCAGGCGCCCAAGGCCUCUUCGCGGGCGUCGACGGGCGCCGCUGGCGCGGAGGCCGCUCUGGUGGAUGUGAACGUGUACCUGAUCAUCGCCAUCUGCGCGGUGUCCAGCCUGUUGGUGCUCACGCUGCUGCUGUACACGGCGCUGCGGUGCUCGGCGCCGCCCAGCGAGGGCGCGUGCGGGCCCGGGAAGCCCACGCUGGUGUGCUCCAGCGCGGUGGGGAGCUGGUCUUACUCGCAGCAGAGGCGGCAGAGGGUGUGCUCUGGGGAGGGGCCACCCAAGACAGACCUCAUGGCCUUCAGCCCCUGUCUUCCACCCGGCCCCAUUAGUGGGAAUAGAGAAGAGCAGACGGAUGUGAAGGUUGAUCUUCCUGCUAAGAUCAUGAUUGCCAAGAACUGGAAUGAAAACUAA